AUGGCGGAUGCUUGGGUUGCUGUGUUUGUAGUUUUAGUGCUUGUCACAGGAUUUGUGUCCAGUUUCUUUGUAACACAGUUCGGUUUAAUUUUUGCAGUCCUCCCGGUUAUCGCAGUUGCGUGCGUAUACCUGCAAACACGGAGGGCACGUAACAGUCACGCGAACCGUAAUGUGUGCGUUCUGGUGUUGGGAGAUAUUGGACGCAGUCCGCGUAUGCAGUAUCACGCUAUCUCCCUCAGCAAGCACGGAUACAGCGUUUCCUUUGUCGGAUAUCUUGGUACCAAACCCCACCAGGAUAUUCUUGGAAAUGAGAGAAUAAAGAUUAUUCCAAUUUCGGAAUUGAAAGGGCUCACAGCUGGUCCCAAGAUCCUUAGAUAUAUUACAAAGGUGAUUUUACAAUCACUGCAGCUUUUCUACGUGCUGCUGAAGAUUGAAGCUCCGUCUUAUGCUCUCAUGCAGAAUCCCCCCGGUUUGCCCGGCAUCGCAGUGACGUGGUCAGUGUGCGUGCUGCGGGGGAGCAGCUUCAUCAUCGACUGGCACAAUUACGGGUACACCAUCAUGGCGCUCACCCACGGAGAGAAGCACCCUAUCGUCCAGGUCGCCAAGUGGUAUGAGAGGUUCUAUGGCCGCUUUUCGAGUCACAACCUGUGCGUCACCAAUGCCAUGAAAGACGACCUGAGGACGAACUGGGGAAUUAGGGCAACAACAUUGUAUGACAAGCCCCCCUUGCUAUUUAAGGAGGCCCCCCUGGACAUCCAGCACAGUUUAUUCAUGAAAAUGAAAAAAGUACAUCCUCCAUUUCAGCCACGGGGCGAGUCCCACACAGAGGACGUGGAGUGGACGGCCUUCACAAAGCGUGACUGCACCACGGGUGCCAUAACCCUCGUCGAAGGACGCCCUGCCUUGUUGCUAAGCAGCACCAGCUGGACAGAGGAUGAGGAUUUUUCCAUUCUGCUGAAGGCACUUGAGGAUUACGAACGGUUUGUAGAGGGUGGGGCCACCCUGCCAUCACUGGUCUGUGUAAUCACAGGCAAAGGUCCACAGAAAGAGUACUACAGAAAACUGAUCGACAGAUUGAGCUUCAAACACAUACAGAUCUGCACGCCCUGGUUGGAAGCUGAGGACUACCCAGUCUUGCUUGGUUCGGCCGAUCUCGGGGUCUGCUUGCACAAGUCCUCCAGUGGCCUUGACCUGCCCAUGAAGGUGGUGGACAUGUUCGGCUGCUGCCUGCCAGUCUGUGCCAUACAUUUCCAAUGUUUGCACGAGCUGGUGAAACAUGAGGAGAACGGGCUGAUAUUCAAGGAUUCCCAGGAGCUGGCUGAACAACUGGAGAUGCUGCUUUCAGACUUCCCCAGCUCAGAGGGCAGGAUGGGUCAUUUCAGGAAGAACCUGCGGUCCAGCGGCCAGCAGCGGUGGGACGAGAGCUGGGACCAGACCGUGCUCCCUCUCCUCGCCUCCAACGGCAACUGAACAAGGACCCCGAAACUGCAGGACGGUCAAGGCGGCGCUCGUUUCUGUCCGAGAGGAAGACGUAUACACGCACGCGCGUCUCAAUGGCCGAAUGAACUCAUCAGGAGUCUUGGCUGUUUUAAAUGGCAAUACUGCUGACCAUCUCUGCCGGCUCCAAAUCUCUGGACUGACCCUUGGCAGUCUCAUGGUCAAACUGGCCAGGCCAAUCUGCUGCUGGACUGAAAGUGCAGGUAGUGUGUGGGGAGGUCACACCUGAAAGGCACCUGGGAAAUGAGAAAGUUAAAACCCAAGGAAGGCAUUGGGUUGGAUGUACCAGUGUUGAAAGGGAUACUGGUUUAGCUUUUCCUUGGUAAGCUCCAGUAAGUCAUAUAUGUAAAAUGAUAGAGGUAAACGGAUAAUUGGUUCCAGAGAACAGUCCCAGUUGUCCUUAACACUACCUGCAAGUUUGUAUUCUUCCUUUCUUCCCAUUCACUCACCCGCAGUACUGUUUCUGUACAUUUCAGCAACAC